UAGACGGAGAUGGCAGUGGUGAUCAAAGAUGACAGAGUCGGAUAACAGACAGCUAAGGUGACAGACUGACUAUUCACCAGAUAAAAGCUCAUAGCAUCACCAAUCCCGCCACCAGAAACGCGUCUGCUGCCGUUUCUGCAGACCUGUGCGAAGUUGCCAGGCCCGCCGAUAAUUAGAAUAAUUUUCGAGUAUAAGAAAGCAAAGUUUCACAAACUCUGCAUCAUCCUCAACCUCAAUCACAGGACCAACAUUUGACAAAGUCGUCCGCGCGGCGGGGUUCAUCUCUUCAAGGGACUGCCGCUGCAAUGCCCGACUCGUGUUUUAAAGUACAGAUUAGGAAAGUCCACGCCUGCGCAUCUUGAACACUGCAUGACGUGACGUCGGAGCAUGAAGACAUCCGAGAUCUGGUUCGGCAAACUAAUUGUACAUUGCAGUGAAGCUCUGGAUCUAGCUCAAGUUGAUUGAGGUUGAUGUGAAGUAUUGGAAGGAAGCUUUCUGGCCUAUUUUAAAAAGUUCUGAGCGUGCUGGCGAUUUAAAAUGCGCUGAGAACCCCGCUAUGAAACAGCAUGUUAUCACGAUGUCGCACCAAGAAUACCAAACGAAAAUCUCUAAUAAUCGCCCAGUCCUUGCCGGAAACGUACAAGCGCAAGCUUCACCAGUCAAAGAACGUCCGAACGAAUGUCCGAAACCUGGAAAGCGAGAGGGUACUGAAACCUUGCCAAGUGGAAUAGUGGAGGCUACUUCAGACCUUGAACGUAGACACUUAUGGAAGGUUUCCGAAAACGAUGCAGCCAUGUCUCAAAACCUUCUUGCUAUGGCUGUUGGUAUCAAGCAGAAAAGCAAUGUGGAUAAAAUUAUCCAGAAGUUCCCCGCAGACAAUUUUACGAUCAUGCUCUUCCACUACGAUGGACAAGUAGACGCGUGGAUGGAUAUGGAGUGGACUCCUCAAGCAAUUCAUGUAAUGGCUGCCAAUCAGACAAAAUGGUGGUAUGCCAAGCGGUUUCUGCACCCGGACAUCGUCGCGAGGUACAAUUAUAUAUUCCUCUGGGACGAAGAUCUCGGGGUGGAAGUUUUCCACGCUGACAGAUAUCUAAACAUCAUGGAAGAUGAAGGACUUGAGAUUUCUCAGCCUGCCCUCGCUUCAAGCUCUUCAGAGGUUCACCACAUUUUAACUGUACGCCAACCCACAGAGAGAGUUCACAGACGCUUGAUAACAGGAACUGGAUGGAACUCAUGUAACGCCAAUAGCACCGGUCCUCCGUGUAUAGGAUCUUCUGAAAAAAAUCCUGUGUUUUCUCGGGCUGCGUGGAGGUGCACUUGGUACAUGAUUCAGAAUGACUUAGUUCAUGCCUGGGGUCUAGACUACAAGCUUGGUUACUGUGCCCAGGGAGUUCGCAGUGAGAAAGUGGGUAUCAUCGACAGUGAAUAUAUUGUUCACGAAGGCAUUCCCUCCUUGGGAGGUCAACCUCAUGACAAGACUGCAGAGAGUCAAACAAAUCUGAGGACUGCUAACGUGCUUGACGCUAGCCUCCUGGAUCCCGACGCUGUGGACACUCGAGGAGAGAUUAGAAAUAGAUCUAAUGUUGAGUUGCAAGCGUUCUCACGACGAUGGAGAAGAGCAGCUGCAAGCGAUCCAGAAUGGAUGGAUCCAUUCAAAGUAGAGCUUCCGUCCGAAGAAAACCAUUACGCUGUUGAAACCAAGCCAGAUGGAAGAUUUGCUCCUGUUGAUCCGUCGGCAAAGCAAGCCAAGAAAGCCUCGAGAAAUAAAGCCAGAGGACCGAAUAGGACAGGGUAAUGGAAACAACCUCAAAGGAGCUGAUCAUUUUUCCUACACUGCAGAGGCCGUAAGAGGUCAAGCGGGCGCCAGAUGCUUUUUCUGUCGCUUUAAGUAGGGGUGGUAUAGCGUAAUGCUCCGUCCUUAAAUUGUACAAUUUACAAUUGUCUCAUGCACCUCAUCGUUGCGUUCACUUUGAGCUCAGAUGGCUACUGUCCAGCGAAAAUGAACGGAGCAUAUAUCUUCUGUGUUAGGACUCAAUUGCUUCUAUAUGCUACCUUCGGUUUAGAUUUAGGUCGUCAACGCUGAUAUAGCUAAGAGGGGUCCUUUCAAUGCAACUCAAGGAUAUUAUUAGGAACAAGACUGUCACCGAGAUCGACUGAGCGGAAGCUUUGCUGCGACGACAAUCAUCCAGCAUUCCAGGCCGUCUUGAAGAUGCCUAACGUUGGAAAUGGAUCUACCACAGUUUUAUCGACUUUGUCCCGGUUGUCGAGGUCUAGUGAGGAGGCAGUCGACCUGGAAUGGUUUGUUAGCGGGGCUGUAAACGAAAAAUGAGUUGUGAGUUCUACGGUGAAGUUUCGAAGAUGAUGUUGAAUGAUUGCAGCUGAGAUGAGAAAAAGAGCAAAAACUGAAUGUUGCAAACGCGAUUUUCUUUUCCAGUCAGUGUGUGAUUCUCUUCUAUAAUUGUGUCAGGCCUAACUGUUUCUAUUGGUUCUAUA